AUGAUAUUGGAUUUGCCUAGCCAAGACGGUCGGAAUAUGUCCAUACGUUUAUGGGAUGUUAAGAUAGGAUAAUAAAGAGCCAAAUUGGAUUGUUAUUCAGGAAAAUUCUAUUCAGUCAAUUUCUCUCCUGAUGGUACCACAUUAAUAUCUUACUAAUUUCUGAGAAAUAUCUCUUAUUUUGAAGUUCUAUUUUUGCAUUGA